AUGGACUUAAAAUAAACCAUUGACGUCCAAGUCCUUGAGAAGUUCACCCGAAAUUUCCUUGAACACAGUGAGAGGCAAUCACUGGAGAAAUCCAAACUAUUUAAGAGGCUGAGAAGCAAUAUUGCUGAGAGCAGAGAUAGAUAUUUGCUUAGAAAUGGUAAUCUCAUACUUGCUCUUGUUUCUGGCUUUCAACAUAGUCGACGUUGGAGAAGGCCAAAAUGUGUGCGCUAAUGAAUCACGGUGUGGAGGCCAUGGCCCAGCCAUCCGAUUUCCUUUCCAACUUAACACCCAGCCAAAUGACUCUGGGUAUCCUGGGUUUACUCUCUCCUGCAUUGAUAGAAAACAUACGGUUCUCGAGCUGCCCAUUUCAGUGAAGCUUUUUGUCAAACAUAUUGACUACAAAUCUCAGGUAAUUCAAUUGUAUGAUCCAGAUAAUUGCUUUCCAAGCCAGCUUCGGUGGCUCAAUUUGUCUUCCUCUCCUUUCCGAUUCAAAGUAGAAGACCCUCAUAAUUAUGGCCAACAAGACCCUGAUUAUGGCCUUUAUGAAUAUGCCUUAUUCAAUUGUUCCUCGAGAUCAAAAGAUAUGGAUUACCAAUAUGAUCUGAUCUCUUGUCUUAGCGACCAUACCUACCAAGUUUACCCUGCGACUGACAUCACGGCGUCCCUCGUAUCUUGUACAAAGAUGUAUAAUCUUGUAUCAAUUCCAGAUGGUAUAAUACUCCAUCAUGAUAAAUAUGUCCAAUUCGAGUGGUUCACUCCAGAUUACAGAUACUGUGAAAUGAUCAAAGGCAAGAGAUGUGUGAGGAGUAAUAGUAAUGGAUCAGAAACUCCUCAGUGCAUUUCUAUUUCUACACAUACUCAUGGUACAUUAUCAAAGUCAGCCAUUGUUGGUGUCAUCUUAGGGUCAUUUCUACUGCCAUGUGUCUUUGGUCUCUACUGUUUUUAUUCUUAUGAUAAAGUAGAAAAAGAACAUCAAGCGAAGGUUGAAAAGUUUUUGGAGGAUUACAUAAAUUUGAGACCUACAAGAUACUCAUACGCCGAUAUUAAAAGGAUUACAAAUCAAUUUAAUGAGAAGUUAGGCGAAGGAGCAUAUGGAACAGUAUUCAAAGGAAAGCUUUCCAAUGAAAUUUAUGUUGCAGUGAAGAUCCUUAACUCUUCUAUGGGAAAUGGGGAAGAAUUCAUAAAUGAAGUAGGAACAAUGGGUACCAUCCAUCAUGUUAACGUGGUUCGCUUGGUUGGGUUUUGCGCUGAUGGAUUUAGACGUGCUCUAGUUUGUGAGUUCUUACCAAAUGAUUCUCUAGAGAAGUUCAUAUCUUCAACAGUCACCAAGAACCGUAUCCUUAAUUGGGAUAAGUUGCAAGAUAUUGCUAUUGGCGUAGCAAAAGGAAUUGAAUAUCUUCACCAAGGGUGCAACCAACGAAUCCUCCAUUUUGAUAUCAAACCUGGUAAUGUUUUGCUAGACCAAGACUUCAAUCCAAAAAUUUCUGAUUUUGGUCUUGCCAAGUUGUGUUCGAAGGAUCAAAGUGCAGUUUCCAUGACCACAGCUAGAGGGACUAUAGGCUACAUUGCACCUGAAGUGUUCUCUAGAAAUUUUGGAAAUGUGUCUUCAAAAGCAGAUGUUUAUAGCUUUGGAAUGUUGUUACUUGAAAUAGUUGGAGGGAGGAAAAAUGUUGAUGUUACAGUUGAGAACACUAGCAAAGUUUACUUUCCAGAAUGGAUCUACAAUCUCUUAGAACAAAAGGAAGACAUACGAAUCUAUGUUGAAGAUGAUGGAGAUUCUAAAAUUGCAAAGAAACUUGCAAUCGUAGGAAUCUGGUGCAUCCAAUGGCACCCAGUGGAUCGUCCUUGCAUGAAAAAUGUGGUUCAAAUGUUGGAAGGAGAAGAAGAUAAAUUAACUAUGCCUCCUAAUCCAUUUGCCUCUGCAGGCUCCAUAAAAACUAAUGCAAAUAUUCCUACGAAACGUCUAAAUCUUGAGUUGGAGGUCAUUCCAGAAUUAGAAUAAUUGUAUGUUAACUUGGCAUAUGUAAUAACUUUAUAAGUUGCAAUAUUCUUGUAGUCUUAGAACUUAUUUAACCUUUUAGUCAAUGUUGGCACUUCAAGUUUUUUCUUAUAUCAAUGUAUAACCAAUUCGAGGAUUAUAAAAAAGUACGCGCUAUAUUUGUUUUCUUCUUA